UUCUGAUUUACUCACAUGUGGACUGGAUUUUAACAGUGACGGGAACGUGCUUACUGUGUUGUGAUACAAUCUAGACAGACAGACAAGCAAGUGAUGCACCUCACGAUUUGGUCAACGAAGAAUAUAACAACACAUUACAGUCUUUAUCGAUUAUCGCAAAUUUCGCGGUGCAUCUCUCUUGCCUAAACGACAAAUGGUACGAUGGAAAAUUUAGAAUUGAGCCUGUCAUCACUGGGUACCAUAUCCAGACAUAUUGACAAAAGUCACAACGAACUCAGCAAGUAUUUAGCAAAACAGAUAUGGAGCCAGCAGGACAGACAGUGUAUUCUGGCUUGUUUGGCUCAGCUUCUGUUGGAGAAAGACUAUACUCUGCUGCUCGCCCGCCACCUCCGGCCCCUGAUACUUGACCUGCUGGAGAGGAACGCAGAGAGGAUCAAAGCAGAUGGCAGGAUCAACCAUGAUCUCCACGAGCGCCUGUGUGUGGCGCUUAGCAAACUCCUCGGUGUCAGUCCCGAUGCACAGGCGUUUGCUGCGAGGUACUUCAAUGAUGCCCCUCCAGUGUUCCAGAGGCUCUUCUUCACCAGUGAAGAGUCCUCGUCUGUCCAGUACGGUCCCAGGAGGAUGAAACUGCGGGACUUGAUGGGCGCUACUCUCCGCUUCCUCCAGAGUGACUGUACCAAGUUCCGAGUCCUCUGGGACUGGAGUGCCUGCGUGUCUCAGCUACUCACCAGCGAUGUCAUGGUUCGAGGUUACACUGCCCAGUGUCUGGCUCUGGUGUCUCACAUGACUGAUAAUCAGAAAACCAUCUUCUUGAGAAAGGUGCUGUCGAGUGACGAGAUUCUGCACAUGAAGAUAAAGUCACUGGAGGAGACUCAGCAAUUGGAGGUAGAGAAGGCCCUGGUGCUUGCUAACCAGGGCACUGUAAUGUGGCGCCAGGAGAAGGUGAACAAGUUCACCCGGGGCCAGGUGGUGUCAGAGGACCUGUCCCAGACCGUGGUGGCUGUCUGUGGGGUGGUGUUACCUAGGAUCGCCCCAAAACAGACAGAGCAGGGUAACCUAAAACAUCUGGUGCUAGUGGACUCAACCUGCCGCAACCUGCGGAGACUGGCCAUGGCCGUGGCAUCCCAGAAGGCUGUUCUUUUGGAAGGGCCCAUUGGAUGUGGUAAAACAGCCCUGGUGGAAUUCUUGGCUGCAGUGACCGGACAUACCAAAACACCAGAGAUUCUCAAAGUUCAACUUGGGGAUCAAACUGACAGCAAAAUGUUGCUUGGGAUGUAUCGCUGUACUGAUAUCCCAGGGAAGUUUGUGUGGCAGCCAGGUUCCCUGACACAGGCUGUCUCUAAAGGACAUUGGAUCCUGUUGGAGGACAUUGACCAUGCUCCUCUGGACGUGAUAUCUGUACUCCUUCCCUUGAUGGAGAAUAAACAGCUGAUGAUCCCAGGACGGGAGGACUGCAUUGAAGUGGCUCCAGGCUUCCAAUUCUUUGCUACGAGAAGAAUGUUCCACAGUGCCGGAGGCUGGUACAGGCCACAGAACACCCACGCAGCUCUCUUGGACAAGUACUGGACUAAACUACAGAUUGGAAACAUGGCACGAGAGGAACUGAAGAAGGUGCUGGUAAACCGAUACCCUAACCUAACUGUUGUGGUGGAGCGCCUCCUCGACAUCUACUGCCAGCUGACUGGAGAGAGGCACCCUGACCCGGUGGCACUGGGCCACACAGACAGUAUUCAUGCACCAGAGGUGUCUUCUCACAGGCUGGAGGACAAGACCACAUCCCUGGAGGGGAGGGGACUGUCACUGAGAGACCUGCUGAAAUGGUGUGAGAGGAUCAGCAGUAACUUUGACAGCACGUCGUCUGCCACCGCUCAACAUGUCUUCUUAGAGGCCCUAGACUGCUUUACAGCUAUGCUAUCCCGACCAGAGAGGAGGCUGUGCAUGGCUGAGGUCAUCGGGAGCAAGCUCAACAUCUCCAAAGAGAAGGCUGCACAUUUCUGCCAGAUGUACCAGCCUGGCAUCUCUGUCACAGAGCUGGAGGCCUUGGUGGGCAGAGUGACCCUGGAACGGAAGCAGAACGAAGUGGUCCGCAUCUGCAAUGAGAAGCAGACAUUUGCUGCCACGCGGCCCUCUGCAGUGCUUUUGGAACAGCUAGCAGUGUGUGUUACCAAGGGCGAGCCCAUUCUGUUGGUCGGAGAGACGGGCACGGGCAAGACAUCCACUGUGCAGUACCUGGCUGGAAUCACUGGACACAGGUUACGGGUGGUGAAUAUGAACCAGCAGAGUGAUACAGCUGACCUGCUAGGAGGGUAUAAACCAGUGGACCACAAGCUGAUCCUGCUGCCCCUGCGUGAGGCCUUCGAGGACGUGUUCUCCCAGACCUACUCCCGCAAGCAGAACCUGACCUUCCUGGGCCACGUGCAGACCUGCUUCAGGGGCAAGCGCUGGCAGGACCUCCUUAAGCUCAUGGACCACGUUUGCAAGUCGGCCCUCAGCAAGUCAGAGCUGCAGGAAAAAAACAAUGCCGCCUUGCUGCAGGAGCAGUGGGAAACCUUGGCCGUGAGGCUGGCUCAGACACAGCAGCAGAUCAGAGCCUGUGAGACCGCACUGGUCUUUGCCUUUGUAGAGGGGACUCUGGCCCAGGCGGUGAAGAAGGGAGAGUGGAUCCUGCUGGAUGAGAUGAACCUGGCUGCAGCAGAGACUCUGGAGUGUCUGAGUGGCCUGCUGGAAGGCACCGCCGGCUCUCUGGUGCUGCUGGACCGCGGAGACACUGAGCCCCUGGUUCGCCAUCCAGACUUCCGUCUCUUUGCCUGCAUGAACCCAGCGACUGACGUGGGGAAGAGGAACCUGCCCCUGGGCAUUCGGAACAGGUUCACUGAGCUGUAUGUGGAGGAGCUGGAGAAUGAGGGAGACCUGCGCAUCCUGGUGUCUGACUACCUGAAAGGCCUGAACCCCAAUAAGAACGUCAUCAACGGGAUUAUAAGCUUUUACCUGACGGUGCGUAAGGAGGCUACCUCCAAACUGGUGGACGGGACUGGACACCAUCCCCACUACAGCCUGCGUACCCUCUGCAGGGCACUGAAGUAUGUGGCAGCCAACCCCUGCUACAGCGUCCAGCGCUCUCUCUACGAGGGCUUCUGUUUGAGUUUCCUUACCCAGCUGGACCGCAGCUCCCAUCCAAUGGUCCAGAAACUGGUGUGUCAACACAUCAUGGGGGGAAACAUCAAGUGUCUGAAGCAGCCCAUCCCGGAGCCCACGGGGCGGCCCUGCAUUCAGAUGGAGGGCUACUGGGUAUCCCAGGGGGAGAUGGAGCCGGCUCUGGACCCCAGCUACAUCCUCACCACCUCCGUCAAGCUUAACCUGCGUGACCUGGCCAGGGUGGUGUCUGCUGGGAGCCACCCCGUCCUGAUCCAAGGAGAGACCUCGGUGGGAAAGACCAGCCUGGUCAGGUGGAUAGCAGCGGCCACAGGGAACCAGUGUGUCAGGAUCAACAACCACGAGCACACAGACAUCCAGGAGUACAUUGGCUGCUACUCUUCUGACGGCAAGGGCAAGCUGAUCUUCAAAGAGGGCGUUCUGAUUGACGCCAUGAGGAAAGGAUACUGGAUUAUUCUGGAUGAGUUGAACUUGGCCCCGACUGACGUCCUGGAGGCCCUCAACAGACUGCUGGAUGACAACAGGGAGCUGUUUGUCGCAGAGACACAGGAAGUGAUCAAAGCGCACCCCCGAUUCAUGCUGUUUGCUACCCAGAAUCCUCCUGGUCUCUACGGAGGCAGAAAGGUGCUGUCCAGGGCCUUCAGGAAUCGUUUUGUGGAGCUUCACUUUGACGAGUUGCCUAGUGAUGAGCUAGAGACCAUCCUCUGCCAGAGAUGUAGUCUUCCUCCAUCCUACUGCUCCAAGCUGGUCAAAGUCAUGCAGGAUCUCCAGUCUCUUCGCAGGGGAUCUACAGUGUUUGCUGGGAAACAUGGCUUCAUCACCCUGAGAGAUCUCUUCCGCUGGGCUGACCGCUAUCGGCUGGAGGAGCAGACAGAUGCCUCCCGCGAUUGGCUGCAGCAUUUGGCUGAUGACGGGUUCAUGCUGCUGGCUGGGCGGGUCAGGAAGCCAGAGGAGGCCUCCACUAUCCAGUCCAUCCUGGAGAAACACUUCAAGAGGACGGUGAACUCUGACACCCUGUUCUCAGAGCAACAACUCACCACACAGUUUAGUCCGUUCGUGGACAGCUUCGCGGGCGUGCCUGAGGAGUUCCGUCACGUGGUGUGGACGCGGGGGAUGAGAAGACUGGCCGUGCUGGUGGGACGGGCCAUGCAUUUCGGGGAGUCUGUUCUAUUGGUGGGAGACACUGGGUGUGGUAAGACCACCAUCUGCCAGCUGUUUGCUGCGCUGGCCGGACAGAAGUUCUUCUCCCUCAACUGUCACCUGCACAUGGAGACGUCUGACUUCCUGGGGGGCCUGCGUCCUGUCAGACAUACUGGGACACACCAGGCGGAUGCUGAGGACGGCAGGUUGUUUGAGUGGCACGACGGGCCCCUAGUCCUGGCCAUGAGAGAGGGGGGGGUGUUCCUCAUGGACGAGAUCUCCCUGGCUGACGACUCUGUGCUGGAGAGACUCAACAGUGUCCUAGAGACGGAGAAGUCUCUGGUGUUGGCAGAGAAAGGAAGUGGAGAUGACGAUGACGUGGAGCUGAUCACAGCAGAGCAGAACUUCCGCCUGGUUGCCACCAUGAACCCUGGAGGAGACUUCGGCAAGAAAGAGCUCUCUCCUGCGCUGAGGAACAGGUUCACAGAGAUCUGGUGCCCUCAGAGUAACAGCCGCAGUGACCUGGUGCAGAUCAUCCAGCACAACCUGAGGACCAGCCUCUCAUUGGAUGACAAUGACCACCAAGGAAGAGACAUUGCCGAGCUCAUGCUGGACUUUAUUGACUGGCUGACCAACCAGGACUUUGGGCGGCGCUGCGUGGUCAGCGUCAGGGACAUCCUGUCCUGGGUCAACUUCCUCAACCUGGUGUGUGAGCGUGACGCCGACAGCUUCAUGACCAUGGGGGACGAGGGCGAGGAGGAGGCUGAGUGGGACCUCCGGCUGGACACGGUCACUGCCUUCAUCCACGCCGCGUGCCUGGUCUACGUGGAUGCCAUCGGCUCAGGGACAACAGUAUCUGCUGCGGAGAACGCCCUUGUGGCGCGGAGGGCCUGUCUGCGAUUCCUGCAUACCAAGCUGGGUGGGAUCACCAAGCUGGACCAGGAGAUGCUAGAUGCACUGAGGGUCUAUGACACCAGCCUGCUCAGGGAGCCCCAGUGGGGGGAUGACUUUUUUGGCAUCGACCCCUUCUACAUCUCCUCAGGCCCGGCGAGUGAGAGCAGGAGCCUGACGGACUAUGCCCUAGCAGCAGGCACCACGGCAGUUAACGCCCAGAGGCUCCUGAGGGCCCUGAAGCUGCAGAGACCUGUGCUGCUGGAGGGCUCCCCUGGCGUGGGCAAGACCAGCCUGGUGGCCGCCCUGGCAAAGGCUUCAGGGAACCACCUCGUCAGGAUCAACCUCUCGGAGCAGACUGAUGUGACAGACCUGUUUGGGACCGACCUGCCUGUGGAAGGAGGGAAAGGGGGAGAGUUUGCAUGGCGCGAUGGCCCUCUCCUGGCUGGACUGAAGGCUGGACACUGGAUUGUCCUGGAUGAGUUGAACCUGGCCUCUCAGUCCGUGCUGGAGGGGUUAAACGCCUGCUUUGACCACCGUGCUGAGAUCUACAUUCCAGAGCUGGGCAUGAGCUUCCAGGUACAACAAGAGAAGACAAAGAUCUUCGGCUGCCAGAACCCCUUCACUCAAGGAGGGGGGCGCAAGGGCCUGCCCAAAUCUUUCCUCAACAGAUUCACUCAGGUGUUUGUGGAUCAGCUGACCAGUGAGGACAUGGAAUUUAUAGGAGACUCCAUCUUCCCAAACAUUGACAAUCAGAUCAUCUCUAAAAUGGUGCAGUUCAACAACCAGCUGGUCCUUGAUGUAUCUGUGGAGAGGAAGUGGGGUCAAAAAGGAGGCCCCUGGGAGUUCAACCUGCGCGACAUGUUCCGCUGGUGUCAGCUGAUGCAGACCGACCAAUCACCAGGGUUCUUCAACCCGGGUCAGCACGUGGGGUUGGUGUACGCUGACAGGAUGAGGACCAAGGCAGACAAGGCCCAGGUGCUAUCUGUGUUCAGGAAGGUGUUUGGGGAGGCCUUUGAGCCUUACACCGGAUCAAGACAAUUCCACAUCACUCCACUCAAUCUGCAGGUGGGAUUCUCUGUCCUCCAGCGUAGCGGUGGAUCCCCCGUGGCCCUAGACCCCCCUCUGUCUAUCACCCACCAGGCACUGCGGCCCCUGGAGUCCCUGAUGAAGUGUGUGGAGAUGGGCUGGAUGACGGUGCUGGUAGGCCCCACAGCCAGCGGGAAGACCAGCCUGGUGCGCCUCCUCGCCCUGCUCACUGGACACCGCCUCCGGGUCAUGGCCAUGAACAGUGCCAUGGACACCACCGAGCUGCUGGGAGGGUUUGAACAGGUUGACAUCGUGCGGCCAUGGCAGCAGGUGCUGGAGAACGUGGACUACAUCGUUGCCAUGGUAACUCGGCGAGGUCUGAUGUCAUUGGACGGGGCAGGGGUCCAGGACACAGAGUUCCUGCUGAAGACCUGGAGCCUGUUCUGUCGCUGGCUGAAGGAGGAGGGCCUGGAGAGGACCGGCGGGACGGUGACCUCUGAAGCCCUCAACAAACUGGAGGUCAUCAUCCUCCUGCUGCAGAAGCUCAACACCAAACUCAAGGUUUUCACAGACAUGUCCAAGCUGCAGAUGGACUUCACCCUGUUGAAGGAGCGUCUGGCCCAGCUGCAGGACGGCUGGAGUAACGGAGGCUUUGAGUGGCUGGACGGCAUGCUGGUCCAGGCCCUGCAAGCUGGGGAUUGGCUGCUCAUGGACAAUGUCAACUUCUGCAGCCCCUCUGUGUUAGACCGUCUGAAUGCCCUGCUGGAGCCCGGUGGGUGUCUGACCAUCAACGAGCGUGGGGUCAUCGAUGGAACCACUCCUUCCAUCACCCCACACCCCAACUUCAGGCUGUUCCUGACUAUGGACCCCGUGCACGGGGAGAUCUCCAGAGCCAUGCGGAACCGAGGGGUGGAGAUCUACAUCCCAGGGGAACACGAGGGGGUCUGUUGGGACACUCUGGACCUAAAGACUGUUCUCCACACCGCUGGUGUGACCGGAGACUGUGUGUGUGACCUGCUGAUUGAAAUACACACUGACAUCAAAGCUACCAUUUGGGAUUCCCCUGCAUCAUGUGUCUCCUCCCUGCUCCAUGCUGCAGCCCUGCUGUCCUGCCAGCUGCAGAGAGGAGUGGACCUGCCCAGUGCCCUGCAACACGCCUGUGGGGAGGCCUACUCCCUCUGCCAGCGCACCACCUCUAUCCAACGGCAAGCCCAGGAGGUGAUUGAGCACCACCUGUCCAUCCUGGACACAGAGGACUGGGGCAGCGGGCUGCUGUGUGCCGGGGUGUGGCCCGACUGCUUCCCCUCAGCCCUGCUCUCCACCGAAGACUCCUGCUUCUCCUCAGUCCUCCGCGACGGACAGGUCCUCUCCUUCUGCCUCAACACACUCAGCAUGCAGGGCAAGAGGAGCCGUCCUCUGAGCCUGAGUGACCUCCAGAGGGCUCUGCAGAGCGGGGCAGCGCUGCACGAGGGCCUGGUUUUCUCCGGCGGCGUGGUGGACCUGGAGGAGGACGGUGACACCCUGCGCUUGCUGCCUACCGCCGUUAGGCUACUCACCGAGAGGGCCUCGCAAUCAGACUGGAUGCUCCGCACCGCCUGGCUCUCCAGCCUGGCCAAGAGCUACAAACACGCCCCUGAGGUGGCACUGGUGCAGCUGGAGGCAGGGAACAGAGCUCUGAAGGCCAUGUUCAGCAGCAAGCUGACUGUGAAGGGAAAGUGCCUCACUGAGCUGCUGCAACCACAUAGCACAGAUGACUACAGGAUUCUGGUGGACAUGCGUUGGAACAAGCAGUACCUGGACAUUCUGGCCAACACGUGUAACUUUGAAGACGAGGAGAGGUACAUGGAGUUCAUGGAGGCUCUCAAUGCAGUGGCCAACAGGAUCAUACUGCUGAUGGACAGAGAGGAGAGGGCUGCGGUCGGGAGCUGUGCUAUCAAGACAUCAGCACACAACAGUGCGCUGAGGCUGGCCACUGCUUUCUCCAAAGGGACGGUGGACAUUGGUCAUCUGCCCCACCCAGUGCUGAUGCACCUGCGCUCCUUCUUUGACCUGUGGGACACCUUCACACUGCAGGCCGUGCAGACUGGACAGCCCUACAUAUCUGACCAUCUCAUGUUCGAGAUCCUGCAGCUGCUGCAGUGGAGAGACCGGUUCUGGCAGGUGUGUAACUCGCUGCCUGCUGACUCCCAGGGAGUGUCGGUCCUCUCGCUACACUGGCAGUGGGUGCAGAAACACCUCAUCCUCCGGCUUCCACAGCUACUACUGGGAGAUGGCACCCAUGAUGGCCAGCAGGAGCUCCAGACAGUGUCAGCUGCCAUCCAGACUGUCCUGUCCACCUCUGUCACUGUGGCUACUGCCCUGAAGGGCAUCCAGAAAAUAUUGGGGAAACCCCUUCCAUUCAAGCUGGAGUCUGUAGCCGAGUGUGCAUCCCGGCUGAGGAUCCUGAGCAGGGCCCUGGACGUGGGCGACCUGAGGCUGGACAACACUGCCUCCCUGUGGAGACAGGAGCUGGUCCGCCUGCAGGGAGCCGCUCUAGGCCUGGACACCAAGGAAAGCCUGCUAGAAGCCUGGGGCCUGGUCCUGCUGGCCAAUAACCAGCUAGAACCCCAGAACUCCGGUGUCCUAGAGAGGCUGUUGUCGUGCGUGCAGCAGCAGCAGGGUCACAUGACCUCGUGCGGCCUACUGGAGGUGCGCUCCUCUAUGCAUGACGAGGGGGAGCAGGGAGACAGUGCCCCUCCCUGUAGGGAGGUGUUACAGCAGCUCAGCCGCAGGGCCCAACUCUGGCCUCUCAUGGAGGAGCUGGCCGUACUCAACCAGCUCAGGCUCAGCACCGACCUGCUGCAGCUGGCUCUCACACAGGGUGACAGAGAGUCCGAGGACAGCCUGCGUCGCGAGGUCUCCCAACACCUGCGCUUCUGUCUCCAGUCCACCCCCAUGAACGUCAGCCAGCUCCAGCCUCUCUGGUUCCUCCUCAGCAGUGACCGGCCUGCAGAGGAGCUGCAGUUUGUGUGGUGUGAUCUGCUAUCAGAGGCCCUGGCGGCCCUGUGGAGCAGCAGUGUGACCUCUGACCCAGAGCGCUGGCUGAAGUGGGACCCCCUGUGUUCCGAGGGACAGAUGACAUCAUCCAAGACACCUCUGUCACCUGAAAACAUGGGUCCUGGCAUGCUGAGCAAAGCAGUGUGGUCAAGGUGCAUGUUGGGGGUUCUUAGCAGCAGCGAGAUGGGGGGUCAGUGGGACCCCACGGGGACGUCCCUCCUCUCCUCGUCCCGGGUCACCCUGGGGGAGUGGAGGGAGCGGACCCAACAGCUCCAAGACGUCACCGCCGUGCUGUGGGACAACAUGGCUGUCCCUGCCCUGGCUGAGUUCAGGGCUACUGACCUGCGGCUGCAGGGCGUGGUGCUGCGCCGGCAGCUACAGUCCAUAUCAGAGCUGUUGCCUCCAGGGCUGCAGGAGAGCUACACAGAAACCUGUGAGAGCCUGGUGGAGGACCAGGACCCUCUGGUUGCCGCCCAGGAGGUCCAGACCACCCUCACAGACUUCCUGCCCCCCAACCAGCUCCCCGAAGGCCUGCUGGACGCCCUACUCACCUGCCUUCAGCAGUUUGUCCAGAACAGGGUCCAGGGCUCCAUCCGCGUCCAGGGCUUCAGCCAGCUGGUCCGCUCUGGGGUCUUCUGGGUCAACAUGGGCCUGCUGCAGAUCAAGACCUGGACCCCACAGACCAUCUUCGACCCGGCCGUGAAGAGGGCCUACAAGCUGGACUACGCCCAGGAGGAGCUGGCUUUGCUGCAGGAGGAGUGGAGAGGACGCAGUCUGUCCUCUCAGCUGUUGACUGGAGCUGAGCUGGAGGAGAGCAGCACCACCGAUGGCUUCCAACAUCCUCGCAUCAGGUACCUGUGGAUCCGUAUGCAGCAGGUGAAGGAGCAGAUAGCAGAGCUCUCCAGAAAGCAGGCCUGCAGGCCCAACGAGCCCCAGUACGGCAGGCUCUUCCAGGAGCUGCAGCACUACCUCUGCAGCAUAGGCCAGCCAGCCUCCAUAGAGGAUCUGCUCUCUCACCUGCUCAAGGCCCUCCAGGGGAGCGGCACCAAAUGCAGGUCGGGGGCUCAGGGCCUGCUGAAGGAGGAGGCCGUGUGGCAGGCCUCGCAGCACCGCUUCGCCCAGAGGCUGGCGGAGGAGUACCCGCUUUACCCUGAUGUAGUGGGGCCCCUGAGGACUGCCAUCCUCCAGCUGAGGCAUGGUAUGAGACUGGUGGCAUCCCAGGUGGCCUCUUCCCUCACCCCGAUUCCAGGCCUGCCCAAGCUGGUGUCCUGUCUGUUGGCCUUCCCCUCUGUGUCCCCCAGCAUGCCUUCCUACCUAGCCAGGGCAGACUACCUGUGCUCCAGGGGCUGCAUGGAUGUUCUGAGGGGCCUAGGGAAGCUCUUACCCCAGCAGGACCUGGAUCACGUGGUCCCAGAGCCAGGGAUGUUACUCCUGAAUGCUCUGUUGUACCUGCAGUGCCACGCCCUCUCCACUGGUCAGCUCAACCAGGACACACUCAAACUCUUCAGACACAUCUGUCAGGCUCUGGUGAAUGAGUGGGACGAGCAGGAGAGGCGUGCGCAGGAGAAAGAGCAGCUAGAAGCCAGUCUGUAUCGCCACCGCAGCAGACUCCACGGAACAGGUUUGAGUGAGGACGAGCAAGAGGAGAGAGACUUCAGACGCUGCUUUCCCCAGUUCAACAAGGACUUUGCUGACAUCACCACCCAGCCCAGUCUGGAGGGACCAGCAGACGGAGGAGAGCCGGAGGAGGAGGAAGUGACAGAGGAUCCCAACGAGGCUGGCUUCCUGUCUCCAGCCUGUAUGAACACUGUGGUACAGGUUCAUCAGCGCCUCUGUCUGGGCUACACCCAAUCACUGUGGUACCAGACCAGCACUCCAGCCAAUCACAGCAAAGAUCACAUCCGGGCUCUGGUCUCCUCCUAUCAGACCACAGCCCCGGUGAUGUCACGCUUCUACCAUCUCAUGGACUCUGAGAUGGACCAGCAGCUGACAGGCACCCAGCUGCUUCUCAGCACCCUGCUCCAGAACACUGUCCAGGGGACCCCAGGCCCCGAGAGCCUGACCCUCCAACCAGACGGGCCCUAUGACUUCUACCAGCAGCCCAACAUGAGUGAGGCCCGCCUGUGUCUGCCUGUCCUGGAGCAGCUGGCCCUGGCCGUCGGACAGAGGCUGGAGGAGUGGCCCGAGCACCCCGCCCUAGUCCAGUUGACGGUGGUGAUGGAAAGGAUCAUGGCCUUCAGUCUGGCCAGUCCACUGGCCAAGUUCCUCAACGGGCUGGAGAUCCUGCUCAGCAAAGCCCAGGAGUGGGAGAACAACGCCAGCCGCAAGGUCUCUCUGAGGAGGGAGCUGGAGCCUGUCACUAACCUCAUCAUCCAGUGGCGCAAACUGGAGCUCAACUGCUGGUCCAGCAGUCUGGACAAUGCCUUGAAGCGGCACACGGAGAGAUCCACCAAGCACUGGUUCUCCCUCUACCAGCUGGUUGAGAGGUACCAGGAGGAGCAGAGGAUGGGCACCAGCGCAGUAGAGGGCGAUGGUGUGGAGAGUCUGUUCCUGUCCACGGUCUCCUCCACGCUGCAGGCCUUCAUGGAGGGCUCCACCCUGGGAGAGUACCACACCAGGCUAGUCAUGCUGCUCAGCUUCCACUGCCACCUCCUCCUGGCCCCCAGCCAGCAUGGACAAGAACCUCUCUGCCGUCUCCUAUGGAAUUUGCACAAGUACUACACACAGUUCUCAGAAUGCAUCCAGACCAAAGUCACUCAGCUCCGCCAGCCCAUUGAGAAGGAACUCAAGGACUUUGUGAAGAUCUCCAAGUGGAAUGAUGUCAGUUUCUGGUCCAUUAAACAGUCAGUGGAUAAGACCCACCGAACCCUGUUUAAGUUUGUGAAGAAGUUUGAGGCGGCGCUGAGCGGGCCGGUUGCUCCAGCGCUGAUGGAGCAGGGCAGCAGUGCCAGCCUGGACAGUGUGGAUGCCAACGAAGAGAACACCCCACUCCACAGGGUUCACCAUGCCCUGAAGAACACCCUUCCUGGCAGGACCAGAGACCUAAAGAAUGAGUCCCCAGAGGAGGGACCGGCGGGUGUGGAGCCCUCGUCUCUGCAGGGCCGCCUGGCCCUCCUCACCAGGAAGAUGAGGAAGAUGUGUGUGACACUGGUGAAGAAGAACCCUCUGCCAGAGCUCUCUGAGGACCUGGAUGUCUUCACCGGGGAGAUCAUCUGCAACCUGCGCGACCUCCAGAGCCUCACGAUCGACCUGAAAGCCGAGAAGGAGAAGCAGAAGUCAGAGGUCAAACACAUCCUCCAGCAGAAGCAGAGAGCCCUGUCUGACCUCUUCAAGAUGCUGGCUGAGAUUGGUCUGUCCUACCGUAAGGGCCUGAACUGGAACAGGACAGCGGACCCAGAGGAGACCCUGUGUCUGCAGCCUCUGGAGCUGCAGACCGCCCUGGCUGCAGUCUGGACCCAGGAGCAGGCAGAGAAAACUUUGUUUACUGAGAUGAGCGCUGCGUGGGACGGCUGUCAGAAGUACUUCUACCGCUCGUGGGCCCGCAGAACAGCCAUGAUGACUGCCCUCCAGAGCGCUGUGAAGGAGCUGGGGAUUGGGAACAUUGAUCGUUGCCGAGGCUUCUCCUCCCACCUGUUCAAACUGCUGCUCAGACAAAGGCGACGCCUGGCCAAGCUCACAGAGCAGUGGGUCCACCUCAGGAGGCUAACAGCCAGCGUGCAGGGCAUCCAGGCUCACCUCCAGUCCCACAGUGAGAAUGUGGGUGGCCUUCCCCCCCAGGCUUCCCUCCAGUCCCACAGUGAGAAUGUGGGUGGCCUUCCCCCCCAGGCUUCCUCCAGUCCCAUAGUGAGAAUGUGGGUGGCCUUCCCCCAGGCUUCCCUCCAGUCCCACAGUGAGAAUGUGGGUGGCCUUCCCCCCCAGGCUUCCCUCCAGUCCCACAGUGAGAAUGUGGGUGGCAUUCCCCCCCAGGCUUCCCUCCAGAGCUGGGUAAUCAAGGCCCAGGGCCUGGCAGGGCAGUGUGCCACCCUCCUCCAGCAGCUAUCCUGGAUGCUGCAGUGCUGCCCCGAGGGCCCCCAGCAGACAGAGGGGGUAGACGGGCAGAGGGAGCCCACCCUGAGGUGCCCGUCCCCCAUGGCGGCUCAGAGGCAGCCCCCUGGGUGUUUGCUGAGGAGAGGAGACCCGGCCUGGAGCCAGCUGAGUCGGCGUGUGGUGGACAUGUUGGGUCAAACCCAAAUCCUGAAAGAGGAGCUGGAUGCAGUGACACUGCAGUCCACACAGGGGGCGCUGCACUCCUGGAGCCACUUCUCUGUGUGUUGCUCUGGCUAUGACCGGCUGGGUGCCGUGGCGGCACAGAUGCCCGUGGUGGAGCAGCUCUUCACCCCCAACGCCCCAGAGGGCACGGCUGACACCCAGCCUGGUCUGACCCGUGGCCUGCAGUACGUCAGGGGAGAGCUGGAGUCUAGCCUGACUGAGUUCACCACCUGGAAGACACAGCUACUCUCCCUGGGCCACGGACACACAGGUUACCAGCAAACAUUCCAUUCCGAGUUCUCUGCUGAGCUGGAGAAGGCCAUCAACACUGUGCUGGUUGCCGUGCAGACCCUGGUGAAGAGAAAGGAUGGGGAGCAGCCGAGAGAACAGCAGACAGACACCAAGAGAGUUCCAGAAGGUGAGGAGGAGGAGGAGCCCCAGGAGGACCUGUUGAAGCCUGGUCACCUGAGCCGUCUGCUGGAGGAGGAGUUGGGAGCAGAGGUGGCGUCUCUCUCCCUGGGGGAGGUCAGCGACACGCUGGAACAGCUACUGGAGAGACUCCGAGUCCACCGAGACUCCUGUCCACCUCAGCAGCUCCAGGAGCUGAGUGAGGCGUGCAGGCUGCUGGUGCGUCUAGACCCCAUGCUGGGGCUGUACUCAGAGCUGGUAUGCUACUACCUGGCUGUGUCAAUGGGAGCCCACAGGAGCACUGGGAAACUGCUUUCUGUCCUGGCCGGCAUCUUCACUGAGUUAGCCCAGAAGGGCUUCUGCCUCCCCCAGGAGUUGGAGGGAGGGGAUGGAGAGGGGGCCACAGAGUUCCACGACUACGAGGGCGGUGGCAUCGGCGAGGGAGAGGGCACCAAAGACGUCAGCGACAAGAUCGAGAACGAAGAACAGGUGGAGGACACUUUCCAGGAAGGCCAGGAGAAGAAAGAGGAGGAACCUGACAAGAAGAACAUUGACGAGGAGGACAACGCUAUCGAGAUGUCUGAGGACUUUGACGGCCAGAUGCAUGAUGGAGACCAGCAAGAGCCAGGUGAGGAUGACGAGGAGGAUUCUGACAAAGAGGAGGAUGAAGAUCUGGAUAAGAAGAUGGGCGACCUAGGCGAGGGCCAAACGGACACGCUGGAUGAGAGGAUGUGGGGUGAUGAUGAGGAUGAGGAAGAGGAGGAGGGCAGCGACAAGGAGGAAGAGUCAGGCCAAGGAAUGGACCAGGGGGAAUCAGAGCUGGUAGCCAAGGAUGACAACCUGGAUGCAGCGGACCCCAAUAAAGACAACAAGAACAAAGACGACAAAGACCAACAGUUGGACGAGGAGGAAAAGGAGAAGAUCCAUGAACAAGGGGACGAGCGGGAGUUUGAUGAGAACGAGGUGGACCCGUAUCAUGGGAAGCAGGAGAAGAAGCCUGACCCGGAGGCCAUGGACCUGCCUGAUGAACUCAAUCUGGACCAGGAGGAGGACCAGGCCGGGGACGAGGGAGCGGGAGACGAGGAAAACCCGUUCGACAUUGACGAGAAGCCAAUGGAGCUGGAUGAGAAGGAGGGAGCAGAGAAAGAGGGAAAGGAGGAGGGUGAAGCUGAGGACAUAGCUGAGGAUCAGACAGACAAACAAGGAGAGGAAGAAGGCCAGGAACCCAAGACUGAGGAGGAAGAGGGAGGAGGAGAACAAACAGAGGAGGAGAAUGAGGAGGAGAAGGACAAAGGACAAGAGGCAGGGAAAGAGGAGGACGUGGCCAUCCCUACAAACGAAGGCCAGAAACCAAAGGAGGACGAAGAGGAGGGUAAGGAUGAGGAGCAGCCAGAAUCGACAGAGAGGAAGGAGCACAACACAGACGGUCAGACAGGAGAGGAGAACGUCCAGAGUGAGACCGCUGUGGAGCUGGCAGGGGAUGCAUCCGAGAGAGACCAAGCUAAAGAGGAGCAUGGUAGUGGAGCGGCUGAUGCCAGCCAGUCGGAGGGACAUGAGUCCAAACUCAUGGCAAGGAUGUCCUCUCAGAAAGCGAGCCAGAGCAAGACACAGAGCUUCAAAAGGAAGCCGGGGCAGGCUGACAACGAGCGUUCGACGGGCGACUACAACGAGCGAAUCAACAAGCGUCUACGCACGGUGGAAAGCACUACGGAGAAGACGUUGGAGAACAAACAGACUCCGGCCCAGCAGGAGUCAGACCUGUACGAGCAUAUCAAACAGGGAGAGACGGCCUACGACACACAGACAUACGAUGUUGCCAGUGCAGACCAGCAGAAACCAGACAGAGCCCCACAAGAUGAGGACCAAGAGGAUGACGACAUUGCAAUGGAUACAGAGGAGCAGGAGGAGGACCUGCGGGCUGUUGAAGCCCAGGAGUUGAAACCAGAGCAGCUGGACUCGACCAGAGCGUCACAGAAAGGUCUGGACAGUGGAGAGCAGGAGGCUCUGAGGCAGCAUGAGGAAAACGAGGAGAGGCCAAAGGACACACAGGGUCACAGUGACGAGGAGCGCCCAGAGAGGAGCACAGAGUCUACCAUCCACACUGUUCCAGAGCUGCUAAUGGACACACUGCAGAACCCAGUCCGCGACCCAGAGGAGCUGAGGAGGGAGAUGGAGCUGCAGCUGGAGGCCUGGAUGAAACAGGCCCCUGGAGACCAGGAGGAGGAGAGUGCAGCGGCAGCCAUGUGGCACCAGUACCAAACGUUGACCUCGGCCCUGUCCCAGCAGCUGUGUGAGCAGCUCCGCCUCAUCCUAGAGCCCACGCAGGCGGCCAAGCUCAAAGGAGACUUCCGCACAGGAAAGCGUCUGAACAUGCGGAAGGUGAUCCCCUACAUCGCCAGUCAGUUCCGUAAAGACAAGAUCUGGCUGAGGAGAACCAAGCCCAGCAAGAGAGAGUAUCAGAUCUGUUUGGCCGUGGACGACUCCUCCAGCAUGGUGGACAACCACUCAAAACAGCUGGCCUUUGAAUCCCUGUCUGUGAUCGUCAACGCUCUCACUCUCCUGGAGGUUGGGCAGGUGUCUGUGUGCAGCUUUGGAGAGACAGUGCAGCUUCUCCAUCCGUUCCAACAACCGUUCAACGAUCAGUCCGGUGCUAGGAUACUGAGGCUCUGUCAGUUCCAGCAGAAAAAGACCAGGAUAGCCCAGUUCCUGGAGACCUCAGCCAACAUGUUUGUAGCAGCCAAGCAGCACAGCCUUGGAUCCAUGAACACAGAGACGGCCCAGCUGCUGCUCAUCGUGUCGGACGGCAGGGGGCUCUUCCUGGAGGGGAAGGACAGGGUGACUGCUGCCGUGCAGGUGGCUCGCAGCGCCAACAUCUUUGUCAUCUUCGUGGUGCUUGAGAACCCCAACUCCAGGGACUCCAUUCUGGACAUCAAGGUGCCCAUCUUCAAAGGUCCAGGAGAGAUGCCUGAGAUCCGCUCCUACAUGGAGGAGUUCCCCUUCCCCUUCUACGUGAUCUUGAGGGACGUCAACGCCCUGCCAGAGACCCUGAGCGACGCACUGAGGCAGUGGUUUGAACUCGUCACGGCAACCGACCAGUAGGCCAAUGAGAAGAAACCAUCUGAGAGGGCAGCAAUCAACCGCACAACGCCACUCUGCUGCUAGCCUCUCGACAACACACAGACUCAAAAACAGGACUCACAAAGGAAGACGGACUUGCCACUGUAUAUGUGCCUUUUUUCUUAUUUUUACUCUAAUUUUAGUAGACUGUAGAGUUUGAUAGCAACCUCUGCUGUUUAGUCCUUGUCAUCAGGCCAGGGGAAUUCUGGAAGUUCUUUCGUAAUGUAAUUAGCAUUGCUUUAUCUUGCACGUCUAUAAAAAAUGUUUGAAAAGAAACAAAUGUGAUUCCCUUCCGUGUGAACAAGAUACCUCUUUUCCCUGUGUACUAUAACCCCCUUCAUGUUGUAUGGAUGUUUUCAGUCUAACAUGCUCAUCAAGACAUUCUGCUUUCAUGUAAACACAUCAAAUGACCAUGUAUAGAGCUGACAGUGUUGUGAUGUUAAUGCACUGUUUGUAAAAUAAAAAAUAACAAGGAAAAAAGCACCCCCUUAAUUAUAUCAUGGCAAAAGAAAAGCAUGCUGAUAUGGGCUUGAUCCAUUUAAAAAGUAAUCCCAAAAUUGUGCCUUGACAAAAUGUUUCUGCAUCUCACUUUAUACUAUGUGCUUUAGAAAAUGCAUCCAUUGUUUACUUGGAAAUGAUCAUUCUGCCCAAAAUAAUGGUGUUAUUAUAAAGCUUCUCUCUCUUUUUCUCUCCCUCUCUAUUUUAGUCAAUGUUUUUGGAAAAUGUGGUUCUUAUGCACUUUGAAGCUCAAGGACUGCUAAUAACAAUUUUGAUAAAUGCUCCAAUUGGUUCCAUUUCUCUGGUCUUAGGCUAUGUUUAGACAGGUAGCCAAAUCCUGAUCUUUUGACCAAUCAGAUCGGCUCUGAAAAAUAUCUGAUGUCAAGAUGUGAUGUGAUUGGUCAAAAUACCAAUUUGGAAGUUGUGCUACCUGUCUAAAUGCAGCCUAAGCGACAUCACAACUACAUCUGUUUUACACCUCGACUCUACUGUAGAUAAGAUUCAUUCACUGACACGUCAUUAGAAAAUACCAUUGCUGUGACAUUAGGAAAACAGUGGUUGAUGAUUGUGCAUUGAAAUGUUUAUCGCCAAGGUGUUUUGUAAUGUGGAAAUAACUAAGCAAACAAAUGAUAUUCAUGGUAGUUGUUCAUACCAUCUAUCAAUCACAUAUGACAUGAUACAUUGUAUGAUGUUAGGGUUAAUAAACUUUUUAAACUGUUUUGA